GAGCGCCGACAGGGCCGAGUCUGGAGCCCGACAAGCGUUGGCACAGUGGUGGCGGCGGCCCGCGGCUGGCGGGGGCGGCUGGACGUACUCCGCGGGGCGGGGCAAAUGUUUCUGGACCAGAUGAAGCUUGAGGAGCCUUCCAGCUGUAAGAUAUUAGGAUAGGAAACUCCCGAGUCUGGAUCUACAGAAGACUUGCCUGUCCUCUCCACACAAUGUCAGAAGGAAGAGGCAGUGGAGCAACCAGAUUUCUGCUAUGAUGAGUUUGGCUUCCGCGUGGACAAGGAAGAUGUUUUACCCAGAUGUUCCAGAAUCAAGGACAGAGCCACAUCUGACGGUGAUGCUGUUAUAAGUAUCUGGAAUCCUUUGGGGUUUUUUUUUGCCACGUUGCGCAGCUUGCGGGAUCUUAGUUCUCCAACCAGGGAUUGAACCCACGCCCUUGGCAGUGAAAGCAGUGACUCCUAACCACUGGACCACCAGGGAAUUCCCUGGUUUUUUUUUUUUUUAAGAUUAAUUUUAUUGAUCUUCAUAUAAUAAAAGCAAUAAUGUUCAUUAUAGAGAAUUUUAAAACUACAUCAAGAUAUAAAGAUUAAAACAAAUUAACCCAUUAUCCUACAACCUGAAGAUAACUGCUGACAUUUCAAUGUAUUUUUUUCCUGGCUUUGUGUGUAUCCAUAUGUAACUUUUCAUAACUAAGAUGAUAUCAUAUACAUGUUUUUAUGUUGCUCUUAUAUCUCUUAACAUUCCAUGAGCAUUUUUUCUGUCAGUUAAGACCUCUUUAAAGCAUGUUUUUCAGUGGCUGUGUACUAUCCUUGUAAUUAUAAUGGCUUUGUCAUUUAAAAAAAAAAUUUUUUUUUUAAUUUAUUUAUUUUUGGCUGCAUUGGGUCUUCGUUGCUGUGCGAGGGCUUCUCAUUGCGGUGGCUUCUUUUGUAGCAGAGCACGGGCUCUUAGGCGCGCGGGCUUCAGUAGUUGUGGCGCACGGGCUUAGUUGCUCCGCGGCAUGUGGGAUCUUCCUAGACCAGGGUUCGAACCCAUGUCCCCUGCAUUGGCAGGCGGAUUCGUAACCACUGCGCCAGCACGGAAGUCCCUGUCGUCAUAUUUUUUAUAACCAUUCUUCUGUAAGUGGGCCCUUAGGCCAUUUCCAUUAUUUUCUACUGUAAAGACACCUGCUGUUGCCGAGUGGGCUGCUGGAAAGCUGUCUGCCAGAACCCAGGGUAGCCUGUCACCAACCAGACGUUAACUGACUGACUGAGACCAUUCAUCUUCAGGUCACUCAUAUUCCCAGUUCUGAUGAGUCUUCCAUGUUCUCUAGUUUGCAGGCAGACAUUCAGAAGGUAAAAGCUGGGCCUGAGAGGAGCACAGGGAACUUUCUAGUAUGAUGGAAGUAUUCUGUAUCUUGACGGGGACAGCGUUUAGACUGUCAGUGUUUAGACAUUUGUUUAUUGAUACUCAACAAAGUGUACACUUAAAGUUUGUGCACUUUAUGUGAAUUCACUGAAGGUGAAGUUUCAGAAAGUGGAGGCCAAGGGCAUGGCUUUAGGAUGAGGAAGGAUGAGGCUCCGUGGGGCGGGGGGCCCACCCCCCUGUGCAUCCCCAGUGCCUCAAACAGAACCAGAGGUGGUCUUGGUCCCGUGAGGUCCCAGGCAGUAAACAAACAAAUGUAUGCUGGGGGCAAGAAGAGGCUGGGAGAGGAGGGGAGGUGGCAGGCGUUUGAACAGAGACUGGGAAGAAGUGAGGCAGUGAGUGUGGCCAGAAGGGGAAUAACAGGUGCAAGGCCCUGAGGCGGACUGGAUUUGUGGGAAAGAGCUGGGGUGGAGGGAGCAGGGCGUGAGGAGGCGGGGUCGGGUGCUGUGUCUGCGCGACAGGCUCUGAGCUGUGACAGGGCUGUGAGCAGCCUCUAGGGAGGCAGGGCAGGACCAGGAGGCCGGUGAGGAGGCUGUUGCUCUAAUUCAGGCGAGAGACGGUGGCUUGGACUACUAGGUCCAUAGUCGGAGGGGAGAGGGCCGAGGUUCUGCCUGUGCUCUGAAGAGGAGGAGCCUGAGCACCUGGUGCGGGGUGGCCUCGUGGAUCUGGUUUGGGGGUGAAAGCGAAGAGUUCGCGCUGGCUGUUCGGGGUGCCACGGGAGGUGGUUGGAAAGGUGGCCCUGGCUUUCGGCAGUGAGAUCCGGGCGGCGGACCCAGAGCCCAGUCCUCUGCUCUCGGGGCACAGGCGGCGGGGGUCGCUCUCCUUCCUCCCUCACAGGCGCAGACGGCACCCCCCGCCCAGGCCAGCUGCUGGAGGACCCCCCCCAGAGGCUGCGCUGGCAGGCCCACCUGGAGUUCACCCACAACCACGACGUGGGGGACCUCACCUGGGACAAGAUUGCCAUCUCCCUGCCCCGCUCGGAGAAGCUCCGCUCCCUGGUGCUGGCCGGGGUGCCCCACAGCAUGAGGCCGCAGCUGUGGAUGCGGCUCUCCGGGGCCCUGCAGAAGAAGAGGAACUCCGAGCUGUCCUACCGAGAGAUCGUGAAGGACAGCGCCAAUGACGAGACCGUUGCUGCCAAGCAGGGGCCCCUGGCCUCCUUCCCGGGGGUCUCGGUGUCAGGGGUGCGGAGGCUGUGCGCCUGCUCCUGUGCCUCACAGGCUCUUGUGGGCGGGCUGCCAGCAGAUUGAGAAGGACCUGCUCCGCACCAUGCCCAGCAACGCCUGCUUUGCCCACGUGAGCAGCGUGGGCGUACCCCGCCUGCGCAGGGUGCUCCGAGCGCUGGCCUGGCUCUACCCGGAGAUCGGCUACUGCCAGGGCACGGGCAUGGUGGCUGCCUGCCUCCUGCUGUUCCUGGAGGAGGAGGACGCCUUCUGGAUGAUGUGCGCUAUCAUCGAGGACCUGCUCCCCGCCUCCUACUUCAGCACCACUCUGCUGGGCGUCCAGACCGACCAGCGGCUCCUGCGCCACCUCAUUGUCCAGUACCUGCCUCGGCUGGACAGGCUGCUCCAGGAGCAUGACAUCGAGCUGUCCCUCAUCACACUGCACUGGUUCCUCACGGCCUUCGCCAGCGUGGUGCACAUCAGGCUGCUACUGCGCCUCUGGGACCUGUUUUUCUACGAGGGCUCCCUGGUGCUGUUCCAGACCACGCUGGGCAUGCUGCGCCUCAAGGAGGAGGAGCUGAUCCAGUCGGAGAAUUCGGCCUCCAUCUUCAACACGCUGUCGGACAUACCGUCGCAGAUGGAGGACGCGGACCUGCUGCUGGGGGAGGCCAUGCGGCUGGCGGGCUCCCUCACUGACGUGGCUGUGGAGAGCCAGCGCCGCAAGCACCUGGCCUACCUCCUAGCCGACCAGGGCCAGCUCCUGGGCGCCAGCCCCACCGCCAGCCUCUCUCAGGUUGUCCGCCGCAGGACCCAGCGGAGGAAGUCUGGCAUCACGUCGCUGCUCUUCGGGGAGGACGACCUGGAGGCGCUCAAGGCCAAGAACAUCAAGCAGACGGAGCUGGUGGCCGACCUCCGGGAAGCCAUCCUUCGUGUGGCACGCCACUUCCAGUGCACAGACCCCAAGAACUGCAGUGUGCAGGAGCUGAGCCCGGACUACAGCAUGGAGAGCCACCAGAGGGACCACGAGAACUACGUGGCAUGCUCGCGCGGCCACCCACGCCGGGCCAAGGCCCUGCUGGACUUCGAGCGCCACGAUGAUGACGAGUUGGGUUUCCGCAAGAACGACAUCAUCACGAUCGUCUCCCAGAAGGACGAGCACUGCUGGGUGGGGGAGCUGAACGGCCUGAGAGGCUGGUUUCCAGCAAAGUUCGUGGAAGUCCUGGAUGAGCGGAGCAAGGAGUACUCCAUCGCGGGGGACGAUUCUGUGACAGAGGGGGUCACGGACCUCGUGCGAGGGACCCUCUGCCCGGCCCUGAAGGCCCUGUUUGAACACGGACUGAAGAAGCCUUCCCUGCUUGGGGGCGCCUGCCACCCCUGGCUGUUCAUCGAGGAGGCGGCGGGCCGGGAGGUCGAGAGAGACUUCGACUCGGUGUAUUCGCGCCUAGUGCUGUGUAAGACGUACAGGUUGGAUGAAGAUGGCAAAGUCCUGACCCCAGAGGAGCUGCUCUACCGAGCUGUGCAGUCCGUUAAUGUGACCCAUGACGCUGCACACGCACAAAUGGACGUCAAGCUCCGCUCCCUCAUCUGCGUGGGGCUCAAUCCUCAGGACCCUCUGCCUGGAGCCGCCCCCGACCCCGCCCUGCCUGUGGCCAGUGAGCAGGUCCUGCACCUGUGGCUGGAGGUGCUCUGCUCCAGCCUGCCCACCGUGGAGAAGUGGUACCAGCCCUGGUCCUUCCUGCGCAGCCCCGGCUGGGUCCAGAUCAAGUGCGAGCUGCGGGUCCUCUGCUGCUUCGCCUUUAGCCUCUCCCAAGACUGGGAACUUCCUGCAAAGAGAGAGGAGGAGAAGCAGCCCCUGAAGGAGGGCGUCCAGGACAUGCUGGUGAAGCACCACCUUUUCAGCUGGGACAUAGACGGGUGAUGCUCUUCCUCCAGGGCCCCUGUCACACCCAGGCCUCCCCAGACCCCUUGGCUACCAGGCCCCUUCCUCAAGCAAGAAGAGAACAGCCCGGCGCUGGCCAGCCUCGGGCCCACCCCAAGCUGCAAGGUCGAGGGGAGGACACACUCGGGAGCUCUGGCUGGGCACCGUGGUAGGGAGUCCGGGGACACUGCCCUGGGUGCCAGAGUGCUGGUGGAGGGCAGCAGGUGGCAGGAGCAGAAGGUGGGGGCCCGGCUCAGCCCGUUACUCUCAGCGCCCGGGGGAGGGCUCUGCCCUGCCAGGGUCUUUACCAGAGGCCCCGGGCCCCAGGCUCGCUGUGCUGAACAAAAACCUUGGGAGGUGGAGCGCCACCUCUGUCCUGUCAGGUUUUGCUCAGGAGGAGGGUGGGGAGGCUGAAGGGCUCCCCUGCCCUCUUUGAUUUACAAAUAAACUGUCUUUGAGACGCACCUCUCCCACCUUCUGUCUAGCCAGCUGCGCGUCC